AUGAAAUAAAAAAUAUUUGAAAUACUUUUAUCAGAACUCUUGUUGCUUGCAGUUGUAACUGGUUUGGUAAAUUACUUCUUAUAUUUAAGAGAUUAAAUAGUAAUCAAACAAUACUAGUACUCACCUGUUUGAAUGUAUUCUUAACCAUAGUAAUUGGGUUUGUCAGAAUCUACAAUCUCUUUUUGAACAGAGAGUUAACUAGGUGCUUUACUUUAUUACUCUUGUUACGUUUGAUUCUAAUCGUUAUUCAAAAUUCUGUCUCUAACACACAGUUGUUUUUGGUUCUCAUAAACCAUUUGGAAAUGCAAUAUGAAAUUAAGGUUGCUCUCCUUGUGAAUUAUGGGUUAUUAAGUAUUUUGCAUGAUGUUUAGAAUUUAAUCGACACUCCACAGAAUGUUAUAUACUAUGUCUACUGGUUCCUUGUGGUGUUGCAAAUGAAAAUUAAGUUUUGUAAUGCCAAGGAACCCAAACCUUAAACAUUCUCUAAUCCCUUGAAGCAAAUACCAGAUGCCCCUCCUACUUUUUAAGCCAAGUCUCAAGAGAUGAUUAAGCAAUAGGAUGAGCAAUCCAAAGUAUUGUCCUCAUCGGAAAUCAAGCCCUUAUAAUUGAACAGUAAUAAUCUCAAUGAGGAUGACAUUAUCAUGACAAAUAUGUACUAAUGAGUACAAAAAAAAUAAAAGGUCGUGGCUCUCAAAUCAAUCAGUGCUGAUCUACAAUGGCGAUUUAAGUAUCAUCUAUCAAACGUUUUAUUUGGGCAAAUUGCAAAAGAACAUCGGAGAUAAACUAGACUGUGAAUUGUUGUUUUUAGAUUCCGUUAUUAUUAUUGGAUGCAAGGAAAUCAAUGAAUUGCUAGGCCAGUCUGGAUACAGUGAUUCCAUCUUUAGCGAGUAUAAAUCUCUAACCUAAAAUUAGUGGCUCAUUUCUUUGCAACAAUAUUAACGAAGUCCACAAAUGUAAGAUCAAAGGCUAAUUCACUAUUAGAGAAUUGAUUACAUGUUUGUUCAAAGACUUUGAAAAGUAAUUCUAUUUUCAUUGACUUAGAUGGCGAUUCUUCACUUUAACAAUCUUUAAAGUGAAGAAUGACUUCUUAGACUUAGAUGGUAUUCAAAUCAAACUCUUCAUAACCAACAUUGAUGGACACAAAUUCAUACUCUUCAAUCUAGAAUAAGCACCUGUCUUACCCAAAACCAAUAAUUCAGAUCCUAACUCCUACCUAUAGAACAUUUACACCACCUAUUCCCAUGAAUCCAUCAAUUAUGUCAAUUGCAUAAUGACUUUUAUUCUACUGCUCACUCAUCAUAAUGAUUCUCAAAUGACUGAAGGCAGCAAUUAAACUACCAUGGUAAAACACUCAAAUAAACAUUUAGUCUUAAAGCAAAAAACAAAAAGAAGAAUAUGUUGCUAACUCUUUGUUGACUAUGAGAUAUUACACGUAGAGAUAUACAUUAUUUCUCUAUUCAAUGAGGGAUUACAUAUUCUAUUUCUAAAAUGAGUUGUUUUUUAAGAUGAAUGCAAUUAGAAUAGAAGACCUAUUAGAUGAUUUACUCUAAACCUUUGAUCCCCUUUUAAAAUUGAAGCAAAUCAAAUUAACUACAAAUAUAGAAUUAUAGGAAGGCAAUACAAUCAUUUUUAGUGAUCAAGAUAGAGUAAAUAUUCCUUUUUAAUUAAUAGAUUAAACAAAUCAUCUCAUGUUUAUUGCAUUAUUGUUUAUAAUCAUCAUCCAAAAGUUCAAUCAAAUUUGAUAUUAAGAGUUACACACUCUAAGGAAUUAUGAUCACAAUUAAAGAUACCAAAGCUGAUUUUGAUGAAACUGCUAAACAAAAGAUUAUCAAUCUAACAAAAUUAGUUAAUUAGUAAUUAAAGAGUCAAAAAUCUGUAAAUGAAUUAGACCUAUCAAAUCCAUUAGAAUUGCAAAUGUGCAUUAUACUCUGCUGGUAAUUAUCUGGAUCCUUUAAAAGAGGACUAGAGUUUCUAAUUGACAGCCAAGGGUUUUGUACAUUCACUUUUGUGAUUGAGUCUCAGAAUACCUAAAUGAGAUAUUAAAACUCAGACACUGGACCUAUAAAAGUAUUAGGCAAGAAGAAAUAUUUUGAAACAUCUUUGUCCCUUCUUUUGUAAGACAAUAUUAAUCAAGGAGGGGGAGGAGGGGAAUCACGACUCUUAUCAUUUACCUAGUUGUCUAAAUAGUUUUCAAUAAAACCUACAGAUCCUAUAGAUCUACAAAGUGCCUACUUUUCACAACUCUCAAAAAUCAGACAGGAGACUUCGAAUUCCAGGGUAUUUCCCAACAGUGGCACUAUACAUAAACAAUCUAGAGAACAAAGUGGGAGUUUUUCUGGAACUUACAAAUAAGGAAUCCAAUAGGAUAGCAUCCAAUAAAUUACAAAACUCUUGAAUAGGAAUAACUUAAGUGUUGUAGGCAAGAUUGAUUCUCCGGAUGAAUCACAAAGAACUUUCACUGCAAUUGAUUUUGGUGCAGCUGAAUAAACGAUUAAUUAAAUAUCUUUACCGGAAUUUAACCCUAAAUUACUCACUUAAGUCAUUAAAUAUCGACUUAGGAAUAAUUGUUGUUCCAAAGUUUUGAUACUGGAUAAUGACAGUUUUUAGAUUAUCGUUUUAGAGAAGGUACUAUAGAAAUAUGAUAUCAAAUGUGAUUAUGGAUUUACAGGUUCAGAGGGACUAGACAGCAUCGAAAUAAAGCGAGGUCGCCCAUGUCAUUGUGGAAAUCGCUACUACUUACUGUACUUCAUUGACAUUAACCUUCCUGUAAUUAUUUUGUGAUAGAUUUAGGGAUUGAGUGGUAUUGAAUUUGUCUAACGUAUUAAGAAAAAUAUGCAGCAAGGGAGUUUGGACAAGGGAUUUGCAAUAGCUACAGCUACAGUUGCAGGGUUGAAUUCUAAAUUGGAUUGUUUUCGCAAUGGAAUGGAUUACUUUAUAUCAAAGCCUUUUGAUUUGAUAGAGAUAAGUGCAGCUGUCUAAUAUCUUGAUUUUUGAAUAAGUUUGU